AUGGUGGUCACGAAACAGACCGCGGACACAAUUCGAGAUUAUCUGAAAGUUCAUUACCUGAGGACACGGGAUCACGACCAAGCGAUUGAACUGCUAUACGGACGAGACCGACCCAGAGAUCUAUACUUCGACCUGUACGAGUCUUCGUCACGAUACAUCGACCAGGACUGGAUUAGCCGUGGACUAGAGUACCUAUGCUUUGAGGACACAUUGCAAUAUGUUGCACUUCCGCGUCUCGAAUUGACGAAAAAGGUGCAAUCCGUCGAUUCGCGAUUUGCACGUGUGAGAAGUCUACUGCCUGAUGGUGAGGGUCGACGUGAUAUGGUAUUUUUGUUUGACUUUCUGCGAAAGAAGGGAGUAUCACGUAUUUUGCGAGUUAUUGUGGACGACACGACCUCUCCCGCGCACAGCGACGAAGCAAUAGAACAGGCGCUGGGAGGCUUUCGAGUCGAGGUGUGGGACUGGCGCAAGAUCGACAUCUCCAUUGACACGAUCAUUAGUGUGGCGCUGGAUGUUCGGGAGGUGUAUUUGUACUGGAGUGGGAACAACGCAGUGCUGCGUGGAUGGAGCGAUCACGGCGGUCUGGCACAAUUGAAAAGCCUGCGGACUGUGCACCUGCACGUUAGCCAGGUACGUAGAGAACACGAAGUGAUGGAUGAAGACGUGCGUGUGGCGUUGAUUGACGAUGGUGUUGACAUUGAGGAAAAGACUCUGCGAGGUAAGAUUAUCGGCGGUCGCAGUUUCUGCCCACGGGACUAUGCACAGCACUUGCAGCGGCCCUUCUAUGUGUCAGGCAGUGGGCAUGGGACCGUCAUGGCGAGCCUCAUCUGCCGGGUGUGUCCCACUGCAAAGUUGUUUGUAGUCAAGCUGGCGGAGCAUGUCAGCGAGAAUUCAACCCGUCGGAUCACAGCCAAGAGUGCAGCUAAGGCUGUUCGCGCAGCAAUUGACCGACAGGCUCACAUUAUCUCCAUGUCAUGGACGAUCGAACGCAAUGAACAGAAUGCGGCCGACAUUCGAGAUUUGGAAGCCGCGAUCGGAGCCGCUGCUAACGCAGGCAUCCUGAUGUUCUGUGCCGCGAAUGAUCAAGGGGCGGCGUUGGAUGUCAGCUUCCCUGCUGCUUGUGCCAAUACCAAGAACAUCUUCAAGAUCGGUGCUGCGGAGGCUUCUGGCGCGGUAUGGAAGUGGGUAGGAGACGCGGCGGCUGUCGACUUCAUCUUUCCCGGCCACAAAGUGGUGAAAGAGCGACCCAACGACGCACCGAUCGACAAAUGCCAGACUUUGACGGGGUCUUCGGUAGCAACAGCUAUCGCAUCUGGGUUAGCAGCGCUGAUUCUCUAUUGCGUGGAGCUCAGCUUCGUGCAGAGCGAGGCUGUCAACCCACCUGGCAAGGUGGAUCACUUCGAGGGUCUUUCACGUCAUGAGCGCAUGCGUGAGGCCUUCUUAGCAAUUGGUACAACUCAGAGCAGUGGAAACAAGUAUAUCGAGGUGUGGAAUGUGUUUGAGAAGGCCGUGGAGAAGAGCCAGGGAAAGCCACCAGACCAAUUCCCAGCGAUUGUCAAUGAGGUUGCGAACAAGCUGAAGGCCAGAAAGAUGCUGGAGUGA